AUAUAUCCUAUUCAUGAAAGCAUUGCACAUCUUAACUUGGAAUACUUAGUCGCACCCAUAAAUCGUGGAGAAUAACCGGUGAUACGAGGGUUUCAGUUUGCUCUACUAACCUGGAUGAAAUACCCAAUUAUCAGAUUAAAUACGAGAUGAUGACAAUACCAUAUGACGUAGAUCUCAUGAGAUGUAAAUAGUAACGGACCGAACAUGUACUUGAUCACUAUACCAUAUGUCUUUACUAAGACAAGCAUCGGUGUCUUUACUGGAGUUGUUGGGAUGUCUCAUGUUGGAGAGGUCUUGGCUCUCGAGAAGUAACAGUGACCAUCCAGCCAAAGUCUUCGCCCUCAACACCUUCAACCGCAACCCCUUACCUCUCAUCGCCGCCUAUAUCGCCAAGUCGGUUCUAAUUACUUUCUACCUACCUCUGCAGUCAUCAAACUCGAACCUCACCUCCAAAGACGCAGGCAGGAUGUCAGUACAGAGUCCAAACAGAAAAUUCCAAAAAAAGCAAAAAGUAUGUCAGCAGCAUAUAUCUAACAGCGAACCCAGUUUAAUGUUUGCAGGUACUGCUAGCGAAAAAAAGCUGCUCUACCCUUCUCGGCACUCGUAAAUGAUCAGCGCAUUUUGGAAAUGUUGUAAAAAGUCUGAUGAUAAGGAUUGGUGCCUGGAUUC